AUGAAAAGAAUCCUUAUUUGUUUACUUUUGAUAUCUUUAAUAUCUUGUAGGGCUGUUAAUCACCUUGCAGAAGACAAAAAGGCUGUAGAUACAUCAAAAAAAGAUGAUACAAAGAAGGAGGAGCCUAAAAAAGAAGAGACAAAGAAAGAAGAUGGCAAGAAAGAAGAAACAAAGAAAGAAGAAACAAAAAAGGAUGAGAAGAAAGAUGAAAAGAAGGAUGAGAAAAAAGAUGAAAAGAAAGAUGAAAAGAAGGAUGAGAAAAAAGACGAGAAGAAAGACGAGAAGAAGGAUGAGAAAAAAGAUGAAAAGAAAGAUGAGAAAAAAGACGAGAAGAAGGAUGAGAAAAAGGAUGAAAAGAAAGAUGAAAAGAAGGAUGAGAAAAAAGAUGAGAAGAAAGAUGAGAAGAAGGAUGAGAAAAAAGAUGAGAAGAAGGAUGAGAAAAAAGAUGAGAAAAAAGAUGAAAAGAAAGAUGAAAAGAAAGAUGAGAAAAAAGAUGAGAAAAAAGACGAGAAGAAAGAUGAAAAGAAGGAUGAGAAAAAGAAAGACGAGAAGAAAGAUGAGAAGAAAGAUGAUAAAAAGAAAGAUGAAAAGAAAGAUGAGAAAAAGGAUGAAAAGAAAGACGAUAAAAAGAAAGACGAAAAGAAAGAUGAGAAGAAAGAUGAGAAGAAAAAGGAUGAACCAAAAUAGAGCCCUGAAGAAAAGAAGUUCAGAUCAUGCAUUGAGGAUAAAUGUGGAUCACAAGCUAAAGCAUGUGACAAGGACUGCAAUUCAAAAUUGGCAUAAUGCAAGGAUGUAGUGUAUGUUGCUGGAUAUCAAGCUGUAAAUCUAUUAAAAUUAUGUUUUAGUAUUUGGAUUGCAUCAACUAAAGUAAGCCUGCAGUUGCCUUACUUGAGUGUGUUUAAUCUAAAUGUUUGGAAUGAAAAUAAUUUUAAAUUUAAACAAAUUCAUAUCAU